UCCACUUCUGACGUGUGCCUACAGAUAUCCACUUUGUUGUAUUGCUUACAGCGGCGUCCGCCUGCGAUUUAUAGAGCUAACGCUGUCAGAUCUGCACGAUCGUUUUUUUUUCCUCCCCUCUUCCAGACCACCACGGGUCUGGUGCUCAGAGCAUCCUUCACUAGUGUCCACGUUAUCCCACUAGCGGGCACAUCGCGCCUGACUUUCUCCGUGCUGGAAAUAUCAGUCUCAAUGAUCAUAGCUUCGUUUGUUCAUAUAAUCACUUGCAUUUACUCGUCCUGUCAUUCCACCCGGGUCAAUGUAUAUAGACGCGUUUAAACGGAUCCUCUUCGAAAGGCUGAAUUGCUUGAAAAGAAUGUGUGUAUGUCAACGACAAGGCAGCUCGUUUGCCAUGUCUAAGACGGCCGUGAGGAAGCUGCACUGGCACUCAAAGUUGAAGGACAGCUUCGUGCCCCUGGUGGGGUCUUCGGCCGACCUGGGCGUGGCCAUUGGUGGAGGAGCCGACUACGCAGAGUUCCCAUUCGUCACCUCGGCUCCGGGGGGCGGGCUCACGGUGGGCGAUGUGAUCCUGGAGAUCGGAGGCACCCCGGUGCUGGGGAUGACGCUGGGAGACGUGCGGGGGGUCCUCAGCUCCUGUCCCCACCCCGUACGCAUCAAGACGGUGUCGCCCGGUUCGUCACUGUGUAAGGAUCUCAGGUUGUAUCUCAGUAAGUGUUUCACCCCCGGCUCCGUGGACAGCCAGCUACAGCAGGUCAUCCGGGAAAACCUCUACCUCCGCGCUGUACCAUGUACGAGCAGGAAGCCCCGGGUCGGGGAGAUUUCCGGGGUGGACUACAACUUUGUCUCUGUGGAGGAGUUCUUCGCCCUGGAGGAGUCAGGAGCGCUGCUGGAGAGCGGCAAGUUCAAAGGGAACUAUUACGGGACUCCCCGGCCGGUCCACAUCAGCUCGGAGAGCCCUCCCAUCACCUACCAGGAGCAUCGCAACCUUCUCAAAAAAUUCCGCACACGCAGCAAGUCUCUGAGCAACCUGGAGAAGGCGCUCGAGGAGGGGGUGGAGGAGGGGGACGACAGCGAGGGAGACUCUGCUCCGCCAGGCAGCCGCCACUCCCCCGGCCGCCCCCGGGGCCACAGCGCUGGCGAGGGCGGGGCCCUGGAGCACCUGGAGGGGGGCCUGGGGGGCCUGGGGGGCACCGGCCGAGCAGGAGGGGCCCGGUCGCGGGCCGGGAUGGCGGACCGCUGGGAGCAGGCGUUCAGCGACCCGGGACAGCCUUACUACGUAGCGCACAACCCAAAGAGGAGCAGCUGGCAGAGCAUGCGGGGAAUGAGCAGGGAGACGCUUUACAAGAAUGAAUGGUUUACGGACGAGCCCGAGGAUCUCAGGGGUUUCCCCGUGCACACGUGCAUCUUCAAGGGGCCCCGAGGGUUCGGCUUCAACAUCGUCGGGGGCACCGGGCCGCACGAGUUCCUGCAGGUGUACAGCGUCACCUCGGACGGACCCUCCGCACUCAAGACAGCGGACAUCCUGGUGUACGUGGGGGACGCCUGCGUUCUGGGCGUGUCCCACAAGCAGGUGGUGGAGAUCCUGAAGGCGGUGCCGGCGGGCCACAGCGUGGACGUGGAGGUGCGGCGGGGCUACCCCAUGCUCUACAACCCCGACGGCUGCCCCAAGCCCCUGCACCAGGCCAUGUCCUCCAGCCGCGACGCCAUGCGCUCCCCCACCACCACCCAGCCCCAGUCGCUGCACCACCCCCACCCCCGCUCCCAGGGACGGCCCCGCCUCUCCUCCGCCUCCUCCCUCGGCCGCCACUCCCACCACGACGGCGACGGCGACGGCUACGGCUACGGCUACGGCUACGGCGAGCGCAGCUACAUGGAGCCCGGCGUGCUACGGGGGCUGGACGCCAACGGGAACGCCCACGCCGGCUCCAGGUCGGCGCCGCCCUACAGGCGCUCCAGCGCCAGCAACGCCGACUCGGCCGUCCCCGUCCGCCUGCCCCGGUCGCUGAGGAGGCUGCAGUCCCUGGACCAGAACCUGGCCAGCCAGAGCGACAGCGAGGUGGUCUCGGCUCUCGGCUCCCACCGGGCCUCCAUGAUCCGCAACUACAACAACAACUCCCUCUCGGAGCCGCCCCGCCCCUCACGCUACAAGUCCUCGGAGAGCGACCUGUCCACCUGCACCGCGCCCGGCUCCCGGCUGCCCGUGCCCCACCCCAGCGAGAGGAGGCCCUCCUCGUCCUCCGGGGGCCCGCGCAGCCCCAGGAGUCCGCACCGCGCCUCCCAGUCCUACUCCCACCUCAGGCCCCAGGGCGCCCACCUCCGGCCCCCGCCGACCCAGGACCCCAGCCCCCUCCGGGGCCACAACGGCUACCGCAGCGCCAGCCCCACGAGCGUGUCCUCGUCCCCGGGGGCCCUGGGGAACGGAGGGGGCGGCUGGGCGGCCGGCGGCGGCGAGCUGGUCCCCGUGGCCCUGGCCCAGUCUGAAGGGGACCUGGGCUUCAGCAUGACGGCCGGGGGCCUGGGGGGCGAGGUGACGGUGGUGAAGAGGGUGUGGGACAGGCGGCAGUGCAGCUCCCUGCAGCCAGGGGACGCUAUCGUCAAGAUCAACGGAGCCGACGUCCAGGCUCUUAGCUUUGCACAGGUCCAAAGAGUUCUCCUGGAGCACACCAAACUGGGAGAAGUGGUCCUACUGGUUUACAGGGGAGGCCACUACCCGUCCCGCGCCUCGCCCAGCUCCCCCCGGCGCCUCCCCCCGCCCCAGCUCCACCCGCCCCCUCCCCCGGGGGGCUCCCCGUGCGACGAGGUCUUCACCUCGCCCCCCGUGGUGCUGCUGCCGCGGCCGCGCUCCGCCCUGAGCGUGCCGUCGCCCCCGGCCGCCCGGCGCUCGGCGCUGGUCCAGAGCACCAGCUUCCUGGAGUCCAUCCCGGUCACGCUCACCAUGGAGCCCCGCGACUGGAUGAACACCGGCCUGGAGGAGGAGGGGGACGCCGCCGCCGCGCCCCCCCCGGGCGGGCUCACCCAGGGGAAGCGGGGGCCCGGCGACCGGCCCCGGGCCCCCCGCGGGUUUGACGUGGAGCUGAAGCGCAAAGCAGGAGAGGGUUUCGGCUUCGUGAUCGCCUCGCAGGACGUGGAGAACGGCAAAGGUGAGGAGCUAGGAGGCUACUGGUGAGGAGCUAGGAGGCUACUGGUGAGGAGCUAGGAGGCUACUGGUGAGGAGCUAGGAGGCUACUGGUGAGGAGCUAGGAGGCUAAUGGUGAGGAGCUAGGAGGCUACUGG